AUGCCAGUUGUCUGGCGGAAGCCUCCAGUGCCCUCAAAGGCGACUGAGAAAGAGCCCUCAAAGGCAUCUGGCAAAGCCCGUUUGACGGACGCGAAGCCGACACGGCACACCUUCACCGUCAAGCGGCCCUUCGACCACAGCGGCCCUGCGCCACGGCUCGGAAAGGUCGGUGUCUCGCUGCUCGGCUCGACCGUCGCGACCGUGGGUGUAGGCAGCCCAGCCUGGUCCGCUGGGAUUCGCCUUCUCGAUACCAUCGUGGCUGUUGACGGUAUUGCAAUCGAUGGCCCAAGCUGCAACCAGGCCCUCGCCACCCCGACGGCGCGAUUUGCUCACAUCGUGGAGUUCAAGCGCGCGCCAGUUCUGCUCGUCGAGCGGCCGCCGCGCGCCGCGUUUGAGGAUGCGGUGGCGCGUGCGGCGUCAGGCCUCGAUCGCGAGUGGCUCGGCGCAAUCAGCGCCUGCGUGCGCGACGACGUGGACCAGUUUGGGGUCUGCUCCAGCCUGCUCUCCUCGCGCGGCGUGGAGUGGCGAGAGCGGACCAUCACUGCAGAGGAGUCGAGUGCAGUGGCGCUGGCAGCCUUCGCCGUGGACGCCCCGAAGCCUCUGCCAAUCGGCGGGACGAGGCUCGUCGACGUGGCGCUCGACGCGGGCUCGACCGAGGUGCUCCGCCUCCUCCUCCUCUCCAUGGACGAGGGGCUGGAUGAGGGGCAGCUCUUCUCCCAUGGCUACGAAGACUCCGUCUCCGCUCACAGCCGCCAGUCCAGCGGAAGCAUCGCUGGCGGCGCCUUCCGAUGA